AUGGGUCUAGACUCUAGAUUAAUGGAUGAAUACGAAAGAGAGCUUGUGGAUCUUUCCAACAUUGUUGAUGUUAAUGAGCUCGAUGACUACAAGAUCACCAUAGGAAGCAACAAAUCCAUGGAGAUAUAUCAUAACACAAGUGAUUUGAGAAAAGCGAUAGGAUAUACAUACCUAGCUUCAAGUUACCUCAGGUUAUUCAAAGAAUCAGCAGAAAACUACACCAAAAAAGGUAAUUUUCUUAAAGAGAAAUUCAGCGAUUUCUACUCAUUUGAAGGGAAUUGGAGAUGUUUGGAAAUAGUUCCUCUCUUCAAAUCGACAUUGUAUGUGAUUCUCUACGCCUCUUGUAAAAACACUAAUGGAGAAAGUUUGAAGGGGUUUUUGUAUAAGACACAUCUCAAGUAUACGGGUCUCAAAUCAUAUUUGAUGUUCCUAAAAUGUAUGGAGUCUCUACAUAUCAACAACAAAGACCUUUUGAAUCUCAUGUAUGCUCCGAUGUUUAAGCAUCAAUUGAAGGGAAUUGGAGAUCUUAUGGUUAUGGAUCAUAUGAAGGGAAAUUAUGCGUUAAAGAUGUGGAAAUUUGGAAGAAUUUUUUAG